AUGACGAAGACCUACAAUGACAUCGAUGCCGUCACACGUCUGUUGGAGGAGAAAGAGAGAGAUUUGGAGUUGGCUGCCAGAAUCGGCCAGUCGCUUCUCAAGAAGAACCGAACUCUGACGGAGCAGAACGAAUAUCUGGAGGAGCGAGUGGCACAAAUCACAGAGGAGGUGGCCCAGCUGCACCACGAGCUGAACCUGAAGGAUGAGCUGCUGCAGUUUUACACCAACGCAGCGGAGGAGAGCGAGGACGAGUCCAGCAGCUCCCCAACAAGUAAAGUGGAAACUGCUUCAGGAGGAACACUCCAGAAGAAACUCCAAGAGCUGGAAGAGGAGAACCUCUCCCUCCGCUCAGAGGCACACCAUCUGAAAUCAGAGACUGAAAUUUAUGAAGAAAAGGAGCAGCAGCUUGUCAAUGAAUGUGUGAAAGAGCUCCGGUUGUCCAGUCUCCAAAUCUCCACCAUAGCGGAGGAAUUGGCUCGUAAGACUGGGGAUGCUUCCCGCCAGCAAGAGGAGAUCACACACCUCCUCUCUCAGAUCGUAGACCUGCAGAAGAAAACCAAAUCUUUUGCGGUGGAGAAUGAGGAGCUUUCUCAACACCUGGUGGCAGCUAAAGACGCCCAAAGGCAGCUAACAGCAGAGCUCCAGGAGUUGGACGAGAAGUAUUUAGAGUGUAUAGAGAUGCUGCACGAGGCCCAGGAGGAGCUGAAGAACCUGAGGAACAGGAACUUCCCUGCAGGAACCCCUCGACGCUUCCAUCCUCUGGGACUGUACCCGAUGGAUUCUCUGGCAGCUGAGAUCGAGGGAACGAUGAGGAAGGAGUUGAGCCUGGAUGACCCCGAGUGUGAGGAACAGAACCAUCGGAGGCGCGUGUUCGAGACGGUGAAGAACGUCAACCAGACGGUCCGCCAGCGCUCUCUGACCCCGACCAACGCCAACAUCCCGGGCUCCAACCAGUCUCUGUCGGCGCGUACGUCGCCACAGUCCAGCGGCCUCUGCACACCUCACUCCAGCGUGUACGGAGGUGACGUCAGCGGAGACGGUGUUGCCCUCGACAACCGAACGCAGAGCAUCCUGAUGGAGACGGCGGCCAAUCAGGAUAGCAACACAGAUAAUCGAGAUAAGAAGGCCACCGGGCCUGAGGAUCUGCGUAUCGCCCUGCGCCGUCUGUCACUUCGACGACAAAACAACCUGAGCGAGAGGCGCUUCUUUGAAGAUGAGCGCAGACGGGGAGGACACGGAGGUCUGCACGACUCCCUGGUCCAGGAGAGCCCGCUGACCCCCUCGGAGAGCAUCAUGUCCCUUGGGAACCUCCACCUUUGGGCCUCACGAGGGCCCUACCUCCCCGACAAGCUCCAGAUCGUCAAACCGCUCGAAGGCUCUGCCACGCUGCAUCACUGGCAGCAGUUAGCCCAGCCGCACCUCGGUGUGAUUCUGGACGCCAGGCCGGGAGUCGUACCGAAGGGCUACAGACCCCUCGAACUGGAGCUGGAGCAGGUUUAUCCCUGGGGUGGCUUUGAGGAGGAUGAACCGGGGGAGCAAUACUUCCAGAAUCUGCCCACCUCCUCCACCUCCACCGCCUGUGCAUCCCCAGCCGUGACCUCCACCUCCAGCACGACUGAGGCAAACCUCGUGCCACCUCCGCCCAGCCUCGUUCUACCUGACCUACCAUCUCCGUCCCCAUCGCCACAUCUCAGCAACACUGACGUCCUGGCUGCAUACUACCCAGGUAAAAGCAUGGCCCACACCAGCUCUACCUACACCUUCACAACGUGUCGCAUCCUCCACCCGACCGAUGAGCUGACGCGAGUCACGCCAAGUCUGAACCCAGUCCCAGCGUCGUCCUCCUGCGUGAUGACCAGCACCCUGUUGGGGACUCCGAUCGCUACACCCUGCACGCCCCGCAGGCUCGGACUGAGACCAUCCGAGUCCUCAACUAACCUCAGAGAUGCAACACGCACCACCAGCACCUCCCUGGGGUUGGUGCGCCUCCUCCAGGAGAGAGGGAUCUCAGCCGCCAUGUAUCACCAGAGCCAGGGCUCGGAGUACGGUCAGGGUGGAGUCCUGUUCAGCACCUCCAUCACCCCUAACCGAGCGCCCAACCCGGACCCCCUGGGCCCCUCCACCCCUCCCAGCUCGCCCACGGGACAGGGAGCCUCAGCGGUGCCAACGUCUGCGGGCUUCGACUUCAAGAGCCCUUCCUACGACAACUUCCUGACCUCCAAACCGGCCCGCUCCAUCCUGAAGGAGGUGACGGGGAGGAUGAGGGGCAGGCAGCGAGGGAAGGACUGCGAAAGCCAGACGGACGUUAGCGUGACCGUCCACAACCUCAACCUGCUGGACAAGGUGAAGCGGUUGGGUGUGGGUGGAGGUCCGGGGGGCAGAGCAAUGAGUCCCGGCCCAAUCCUGGGGCCUCUGGGCGGGCUGCGCAGAUCCGGUUCCCCUUUUGGGCCCGAGGGGAUGAGGAGGAACCGGAGUUAUCCAGCCAUGGUUGGGGCGAGCAUGGCCAUGAAAGCCCCGGGGCCCCAGGAGUAG